AUGACGAGUCGAAGCCUUCGCAAGGACCCGAACAACUCCCUUUCGCGUCGGAAGAGCAACAGACCGGGCUCCAGACCAGGUCCGAAAAUAAGCGAUCGCGUCGAAAUCUGGUGGGAGGCAGACGAGACAUACUAUAGAGGCACCAUCACCCAGCAAUUGAAAGCAAAGUCUUUCCGCAUUCUUUACGAUGACGGCGAGACAGAGGACCUCGAUUUCACCCAAGAGGAUUGGAGGUUUGCGGUGGAUACGUCCGCGCAACCUACGAUUCCCACUCGUCCCUCUAGCGACGUUGGUGUUGUCGAGGUUGUCUUAGACGGUUCUGCUGAUGCCCCAGGAAUGGAGCAUGCUCCUUCCACAGUUGUUCAAGGUAUUCCGCGACAUCCCGCUCUGGGGAAGACCUUAUCUCAGACUGACUAUAGAAAGGGCGACCAUGCGGCUUCCGCGCGUCCUCCUUUCUCUACGGAUCCGGCCAACUCGCCAAAAUCCACAGCGGACUCACGCAAACGCCAUGCCACAUCAGACCGCGAGAAGAAGACGACCACGCCAAAGAAUACUGACAGGACGGCGCCUGUCAUAAAAACAGAGCCUUCAAUCUCGGCGACGCCCUCCAGCUCGAGUAAGAGCCCUUCUGCCAAAGCGCGUGCCAGGCAGAAAUUCGCGCGAGUUCGUAAGGAGGCAAGCAGUGGUUCUGUUUCAAAGGCCAAGCAACGAAAAACUUCGAGUGGCGCCCCAGAGAUUGCUGCACCCGGAGCAAAGGUGAAGGCUCAAGCCCUGACACCGUCUCAGGAGAUGGAUACUUCCGAAGCGACGAAUGGAAGGCGCCCGAUGUCUGCGAAGCAGCUUGCGUCAACUGCACCUGACGAUGUUGGUAAGGUUGUGACACGUGUUGAAAAGGAAGAAAAUCCGUCGAAAAUCGCUGCAGCGGCAAGUUUGCUAGCCAUUUCCAAACCAACACAACCAGCCGACGUGUCCGCUCAACCUUGCAUCGUUGUACCUGAAAAGGGCAGUCGAAAGGAACAUAUGCACUCGUCAAACCAAUCUGACAAAGCGGCCCAGGAAGAAGGGCAAGGAAAGGAUAACCCUAUGGCGGCAUCACUUUCCUCUCACAAGGAGAUACCAAAAGCGACUGGCGCCUCCCUUCCCUCCGAUCUGGGUAACCGUUUCAAUUUGAAGCCCGACGCCACCACCCCGAAAGACCAAUCCGUUGCUCACGAAAAGACAGGUUCAAAGAGCAGACAGGGCCUGGGUACCGCACCAUCCGCCGGAGGGGGUGGUGAGGAUCGCAGAGCUUCUCAGAGCAGCACUGUGUCACCUGCUCAUUGUGUACCCGUGACAUCAUCUCACUCGAUUGUUGAAAGACCUAGCGGAGAAGAAACAGCGCCUCAAGCUAAAUCCACUUUGCUCACUGGAGUUCCCAAGAAUACAUCUUCUACAAUAGUAGAUACAGGCACGAGCAUUAUGAAAGUGACAAGGAAAGAAGACUCGUAUCGCUCCCGCUCCUCGAGCGAGAGGCCAACCACCUCUACUAAUCGUGAGAAGAGAAAGAAACGAAAGAAGGCCUCCUCUGGGUCGAAGAGCAAUGGGCCGGAACGUGUCUCCACGGUGCAUCCUCCCUCAAUGGAUCAGUCCAAUGGAAAGGUUGGUGCACUUCAUCCUCAACCAGAAACUGCUCACACAGCAACAAAGGAUGCCGACCGACGUGAGGUUUCUCGAUUGGAAACAGGGAAGUCGUUGCCACACUCCCUUGAAACUGGCACCGAUGCAGGUGCGCCUGUAAGAGCAAAACUGGCCUUAAAAGGGAAGGCACUUGAUACAGACCAAGGUAAUGCCCUGACGCAUUCCAAAGCCGAAAUUAUUACUCGCGAGGCCGAUCAUAGCACUCAAGCAGCAAAUCACAACCCCGGACAUGCGGCCUCAAAGGUCCUGUCGCAUGCUCGAGCUGCCACAGCACUUCCUGAAAGCCGUCUGCAGACAAAAGUGGCUGAAAAAUCACCUGCGGUAGGAGCCUUGAGUGGAAUCGAAGGAAAUAUGCCUUCCAGAGACAAGCGUCAACGUGGUGAGCAUGGACAUGUCUCACAGUCUACCAAGCGUGCAAGGACUCAAAUUAGCGGCGAUCGCGCUUCCGUACCGAAAACACAAGGGCAUGGCAAAGAUGUACAAGCAGAUUCUAGUGCUGGGCGUCACGAUAUGGCGGAGUUGGGCCGAAUAUUGAAGUCCUCAGUGACUGAGCAACUAGAAACUGUGUCACGAGAUGUCAAGGGAUUGGUUAGCAUGUCUUUGAAGUUCAGGCAGGAUGCUGAAUUUUACAAAGAUGUCGUACAUCGCAGUGUCGUAGAAGAGGGAACUAAGAUGCGAGGAAUGCUACAGGAUUUGCGGGAGGAGCUUUUCACUGCCAUAGAGGACCAGGCCAGGCAGGCAGAGUACAGCAUUACGAGACGAAUUCAUGAAGCCUUUGCAAGUUUUAGUGCCUACGAUCGUGGUAAUGGUCUGGGUUCCACUGAUCAUCACAAUACUUUUGUCGCGCGUCAACCCUCAGCAGCAGGCCGCUCGGUGAACCGUGUUCCGCCGGUUGCACAACAGGCUCUGGGCAGGGGAGAUACGAUCUAUGCAAGCCCUGAUGACCGCAUGGUUAGAAAUAUUCCGAGACCCACUGACCACAUUUCUCGCACUGAGAAUGUUAAUGCUCACAGCGAUUCUCCCACUGCUAUUGCAAAUGUGAACCGAGGUCCGGCUGGAGAUGGCAGGUCGCGGGGCCAAAAUGGCCAUGAGGCUGGCAAGGAGAGCGAGGAUGGUCUCAAAUUGGGCGAAUUGAGGGCGCGGGUCAGUCACCUGGUCGCGCGGCAAGUGACAGUAUGGCUCCUUGAAACUCCUCAUGAAUACAACCCCAGGGACGGAUCCGUCACUGCUUGGGCUCACCGAACAGCAACCUCGACGUUCGAAAAGGUGGCUGUCAGACUCAGCCAGUUCGGUUCGUUUAUGCAAGCGUAUCAGAUUCUGUGCUCGAGCCUUGGAAAUGAUGCUGUGGAGCUGCAAUGGUUUGUAUCGCCUGGAGGGAAUGAACAUUUGCGGCGCGCUCGACGCAACUACGCUGCAUGGGACCCACCGCCAAGUGACGAGGAGUGGACCGCUGAAAUGAGCUUACUGCGAGAAAUCGCGGAGCGGUUUGACCGAGCCAUGGAGAAAUAUAAUCGCAGAGACAAGACCAUGAUUGAGGUGUGCGCGGAAGUUUCGCAGUUAGCCGCAGCGGAUGGGACGGAUGUAGCAUACCAAACAACUAAUGGACGACCGAACUGACUACCUGUAGCGCUAACACCUAACAAUAUUCGACGAUGGCGCGAUGACAUCCGCACAUCAUAUAAUGCAAGUAAAUUUCAAAUCUGAUUUUUAA